AUGAACGGAACUGAAGCAAUUACAUGGCCUAAACUCCUGGGCAGCAAUAACUGGGAAGGCCUUUUAGACCCCCUCGACCUCUCCCUCCGCAAACUCAUCCUCCGCUGCGGCGACCUCUGCCAGGCCACCUACGACGCCUUCAACAACGACCAAAACUCCAAGUACUGCGGCUCCAGCCGCUACGGCAAGGCCUCCUUCUUCCACAACCUCAUGUUCGACGCCCCCUCCGACUACCAAGUCGUUUCCUUCCUCUACGCCACCGCCAAAGUCAGCAACGCCGAAGCCUUUCUUCUCCACUCCCACUCCCGCGAAUCCUGGGACCGCGAGUCCAACUGGAUUGGCUACAUCGCCGUCACCUCCGACGAUGUCAGCCGCGCCCUCGGCCGCCGUGAAAUAUACGUCGCAUGGCGCGGCACAACAAGGAGCUACGAGUGGAUUGAUGUGUUGGGUGCUGACCUGGCAUCUGCCAUGUCAUUGAUUCGUCCAAACAAUCCUGAAAAAGCGCCGAAAAAACUUCUCUGUUUUUCUUCUGUUAAACCGUUAAGGAGAGAAAAGAUUCCAAAAGUCAUGAGGGGCUGGAUUACCAUUUACACCUCAGACGACCCCACGUCACCCUUCACAAAAACAAGCGCAAGAGCACAGCUUCUAAGCAAGAUCAAGGAGUUGACCCACCAAUACAAAGACGAGAAUGUAAGCGUCACAUUAACAGGGCACAGCCUUGGCGCAAGCUUAUCGGUCUUGAGCGCUUUCGAUCUUGUCGAGAAUGGGGUUUCCGAUAUUCCGGUUUCGGCUAUUGUUUUCGCGUGCCCGCGAGUUGGGAAUAAAGCUUUCAAUGAGAGGUUCAACAAGUACACAAAUCUGAAGGUUCUGCAUGUGAAGAACACCAUCGACGUGAUCCCGCACUAUCCGGGGCGGUGGUUGGGGUACGUGGACACGGGGAUCGAGCUGGUGAUAGAUACAAGGAAGUCGCCGAGCUUGAAGGACUCCAAGAAUCCGAGUGACUGGCAUAAUUUGGAGGCCAUGUUGCAUGUGGUGGCUGGCUGGAACGGGAAGAAUGGUGAUUUUGAGCUGAAGGUGAAGAGGAGUUUGGCUUUGGUCAACAAAUUCUCUGAUUUUCUCAAGGAUGAGUGCUUGAUUCCAGGGUCGUGGUGGGUGGAGAAGAACAAAGGGAUGGUGCGUGAUGACAAUGGCGAUUGGGUUUUGGCUCCACCCAAUCACGAAUUGUUCGAAAUAAUUUUAGUUAUGCACAAAUUCUCAUUGAUAUAA